AUGCUACCGGAUAAAGUGGCAGCAGCAGCGGCAGAUCAAUAUCUGUCAGUUCGUAAGACUGAAUAUGGAGGAAGAGGAUAUUUUGCUGCGAAAAAUAUUCCUGCUAAUACACGAGUGUUGACGUGUCGUCAACCCUUGACAUAUGUUGUUUUCAAGUCGUUCAAGAAAGAAGUGUGUGCUUACUGCUUCUCCUACGACAACGGGAAGCACCGAAAAUUUAGGUUGGUGUCAAACCUAAAACGUGCUUAUGCUGGAGUGUAUUUUUGCAGCGAAGAGUGUAGAGACUGUUGGGUCGAGAACUAUGAUUAUGACGGACUUCUCAGUGCCACACUCGAAGAGAUCGAACUGGCGUAUAUUCAGUUAAUAGCGUCUACUGUCAAGGCACCAAGCUAUGAGGGUUAUGAUAGUUCGAAUAUAGACGAACUAUGGGAUAAAGUCGAGAAGGAGUUUGCUGACCCUGACGUCGUUUCACGACCUUCUUCGGUACUUUCAGUAUCAACGACAACCUCAACGUCAACAUCACUAGCAUCGUCGGUAUGUUCAUCGCCAGUAUCAGAAUCAUCAGCAUUAGAAUCAGUAUCUUCACCAGUAUCAGACUCAGCAUCAUUAUCAUCGUCAGUUUCUGCAUUAUCAUCAACAUCUAGCUCAAGAUUUAGGAAGAACAAGAAAAAGAAGGUCAAGCUGCCGCCUCUCGAUGGUGUUGAAUAUGACACUGCACGGGUGGUAGCCUUAGUUCUGGUUCAGAACCACCGAGUUCAGAACGGAACUGCGACCUCUGAAAUAAGCCACGAGUGGACAAAGUUCAACCUCCUUCAAUCGAACGAGCUAUCACAUAUCGGACAGUACCGCGAGUUCAUAACUGUUCAUGUCAAUGUAUACAAAUUCUUACGGACGGUACUACAGGACGACCUGCGACUGCUGUGUACCCCCAGACUUCUUCGUGAUACAGUAGGAAGAGAAGCUGGUAAUGCUUUUGGCAUAUGGGAGCUGCCCAUGAUGAUGGAGAGUGAGUGUUUUGGAACUGCGGUUUAUCCAGCAGCAUCGUUUUUCAACCAUGAGUGCGAGCCAUCGGUCAGAAAACAGCGUGUUGACAACUCACUCGUCUUCACGACUAUCCGUGACAUCGCCCAAGACGAGCAGUUGUUCAUCAGUUAUGGCAUGAUGGAGGAACUACCAUAUCCAGAGCGUCAGCGCAUCCUGACCGAUCAGUGGCACUUUGACUGUCAAUGUCCAGCAUGUACCAGAGAUAAACUGGAAAGCCUGUCGCUCUGA